GGAUCUAACUAAGACAGCAGAGGAAAAGGAGGACUCCACAUAAGCUCUUCUCUUGGAGUCAAACUAGGUAACUCAAUUACAAAUUUUCUUAGCUUCAUUUAUAUAUACACACAUCAUAGCUUCCGCCAUAACCAGUUCGCAGCUAGUGUUCCCAUCAUCUCUCUCUGUGUCUCUAAAAAGACUAAUUGAAGAAAGGAGGAAUACUAAUGGCGAAAUCAGCAGAACAAGAGCAGCAGCAGAAGGCCUUUGGAUGGGCAGCCAGAGACACAUCCGGAGUUCUCUCUCCCUUCAACUUCUCCAGAAGGGCAACAGGGGAGAAGGACAUUGCAUUCAAGGUGCUGUACUGUGGGAUUUGUCAUUCUGAUCUUCACUCUGUGAAGAAUGAAUGGGGCACAUCUAAAUAUCCUCUUGUCCCUGGGCACGAGAUCGUGGGAAUUGUGACAGAGGUAGGGACGAAGGUACAAAAUUUCAACAUCGGAGACAAAGUAGGUGUGGGGUGCAUGGUUGGAGCUUGCCACUCUUGUGAUAACUGCAAGAAUGAUCUUGAGAACUAUUGUCCCAAAACCAUACUAACCUAUGGUGGUAUCGAUUGUGACGGAACCACCACAUACGGUGGCUAUUCUGACAUUAUGGUGGUUGAUGAGCACUUCGUAGUUGGGAUUCCAGAAAACAUGCCUCUUGAUGGUGGCGCUCCUCUCUUAUGCGCCGGGAUCACUGUGUUUAGCCCCUUAAAGUACUAUGGUCUCAACAAGCCCGGUAUGCAUGUUGGUGUGGUUGGUCUUGGUGGUUUAGGGCAUGUAGCUAUUAAGUUUGCUAAGGCCUUUGGACUUCAUGUUACUAUGAUUAGCACUUCGCCCCACAAAAAGAACGAAGCCGUUGAACAUCUCGGUGUCGACUCAUUUUUGGUUAGUCGCGACCUCAACCAAAUGAAUUCUGCAAUGGGCACAUUGGAUGGCAUCAUUGAUACAGUCUCUGCAGUUCACCCUCUCCUACCCUUGCUAGGGCUGUUGAAGUCCAACGGAACCCUUGUCAUGCUUGGCGUUCCAGACAGACCGCUUGAGCUUCCGAUCUUUCCUUUGCUUUCGGGGAGAAAGUUGGUGGGUGGAAGUGCAAUUGGGGGAAUGAAGGAGACACAGGAAAUGAUUGAUUUCGCAGCAACACACAAUAUAACAGCAGAUAUCGAGGUUAUUCCAAUGGACUACAUUAAUACUGCCAUGGAACGCCUUGAGAAAGCUGAUGUUAGAUAUCGUUUUGUUAUUGACAUCGGGAACACAUUGACUACAAACUAAUCAACACAACUACCUCGACUUAAUUCCUAGAAAAUAAUGGAUUGUGUUCUAUGAAACUCUCUUUCUUCCUGUACUAUUUUGGUUUUAAAAAAAUUUCGUUGGUAUUACUAGAAGAAA